AGCUAACUAGGGUUAAAAUAUUGCUCUCGCGGCGGACGGAUGAGUUAGGUUCUCUAAUGUCUUUUUCUUCUCUGCAAUGACCAUGUCUAUACACUGCCAAAUUAUGAAAGAAACGGUCGCGUCUGUGCCUCUUUUAUACAGCCCACGCUUUUGCCGCGAUUCGAUCUCUUGACCUGCGUCUUCACCCCCUUUCAGAUGAGAUAAGAUAGAGUUAAAAAGUUAAGUCUAAGGAGGCCAAAUUGGUCAGCAGGUUCUGUUCAAGCGCAGAAUAUUCUUCAUGUCAAGUUUUUAAAUUAAUUCUGUGAAGGAUUUACAGGUAGCAAUGCAGAAUAUCGUUUUCGUCUUCGUCGUCGUUCUGUGUUGAAGAUUUUGUGCCUCGGGAGUUCGUAAAUUGUUAUGAGAGGGUUUGUGCCGAAAAUAUAGAGCGAGGAUUUCGAAACAAGCUAAUUGUUGUGAUUCGGCUUUUAAUAUCCGGACAGGGAUUCUUAGGGUUUUAUUUCGGUUAGACGAAUAUUCUGAAGAUUCGCAGCCUGCAAGCGACCCGGAGAGUCGAACCUGAGCCAGUGGUGGUAAGCCUUUACAAUGCCGAAUAUUAUUGGUCUUUGUUAAAGAUUUCUAGGUUUCCAGAGUCUAUAAAUUAUUGCAAGAGGGUUUGCGGAUAAAAGACAUUGUCGAAACCGAGGCUAUUGUGAUCCGGUUUGUAAGAAUUGGAAGAUAUAAGGUUUUGCUUUUGCACUAGAUUUUUGUGGCGGGGAAGAAUUCCAGGGCUACGAUGGUGUGAGGAUUUUAGUCGAGGAUUGAACUCUGGACUAGAGGUAAUUAACUCUUACAAAAUUUGGGCAUCAAUGAUUUAUAGCUGAGAAUAGAAGUGAUGAUAAUCUCCCACCAAUUACUGCUAGAGGAUUUAUAGCUGAGAAUCAAAUUUGGAUGAGCAGCUUUACAUGUCCACCAGUUUUCUGCUGUAGGAUUUCUAGCCGAGAAUCAAAAAUUGAUUAGCGGUGAUAAACUCCCAGAAUUUAUUGCUAGAAUAUUGGUUGCAGAGAAUUGAACUUGGGCUACGUAUGAUAAACUCCACCGAUUUUCUGCUGUAGGAUUCCUAGCUGAGAAUAAAAAAUUGAUCAAAGGUGAUAAACUCCCAGUAAUUUACUGUUAGAAGAUUGGUAGCAGAGAAUUGAACUUGGACCACCUGUGAUAAGCUCCAUCAAUUUUCCACCGAAGGUAUUCUUGCUGCGAAUCAAACUUGGACCGGCGGUGGUAAAUUCCUCUAAUUUACCGUUAGAGACUGUCUAGAGGAUCUCUAGCUGAGAGUUAAACUCGGACCAGCGGCAUUAAAGUCCCACCAAUUUACCGCUAGAGAGCAGUGCAGAGAAUUUCUAGCUUAAGUUGAACUUGGUCUAGUUGCAAUAAACUCACAUCAAUUCACCGCUAUAACACACUCUGGCAGGCUAAUAAGAGGGUUUGUUGGUGUGUGAUGAUUAUGUUGGACGGAGGAGGUGGAGGCCUGUCCCAUGCAGAAGACCAGCAGCAGCAGGAUAGGAAGCGGCGCCUGGCACGGGCUUGCACUGCCAAGACAUCUGCACGUUUGGCUCCCCUCGCACCAACUGUGGAACGCCCCACCCCCCGCAAAAGUAACAGUGAAGACAGGGAUUUCUUUACAGUUUUGACGACUCCUCCUCCUCCUCCUCACAGGCGCCGAUGGCUGCUUCGCAACAUGUGGGAAUUGGCCUCUGUUCUCAAUUUCUUCCAUGUUUUUCGGUCUGUUAUCAAUAUAAAUGUUGAAUUCACUGCCGAGGAGUUGGAAACUUCUUUGAUUACGCCGAACAACUUGCUGGACGAUAUACACAUACCACUAUUGAAGGCAAUACCACCUAUAAUCAGGUCUGCAUUGGGGCGAGGCACAUGGGUGACCGUAUUAUGUAAGAAGCUUAAGGACUGGUGGUUCUGGGUGGCAGAAGGGGAGCUUCCAAUCAUAGCAUCUCAUGGAGAGGAGAUUGGAGCAUACAAAGAACUUGACCCUGGUACUCGGGUGUUGAUUUUGAAAGCACUUUGUGAGAUUCGUGUACAGCAAGAGGACAUUCAACGUUAUAUAGAUGAUUCUCUAAAGCACGGGUUCAUACUCUCAACAUUUAGAAAGGAGCGAAUAGGGGGUGAUGUGCAUGGAACUUCCUUUUGGUAUGAGGAUGAUCCCAUACUUGGGCAUCGCUUAUAUAGAGAGAUUCGGAAAAUUGAGGUCAAAACCAAGGCUAAGGGUAAAGGUCGUUCUUCAUUGCCAAUAGUGACCUGUCAAUGGGAAACUGUUGCAGUCAAUUUCGAUGAGUUACAGGUGGUAGCGGAGAAACUUUUUUCAAGUAGGAACAGGAUGGAAGCUGGGAUUGGAAAGAAACUAAAGAAUGAUAUUCUUCCAGAGCUUGAAACAGUUCAGAAGAGAAAAGAGCGAGCACUAAAAAAGCAGCAGAGGCAAGCUCUUCUUCUUGAUAACUUUGUAAGCUCUCGAGGACCAUCUUCAGGCCGCUCUCUCCGUGAUCGUAAACCUGUUACAUACACGUUUGAUGAUUUUGACCGGUCUAUUAAUGAGGCAAUAAAAGUAACAACAAAGAAGCAACCAUCACCAGAGCCCAUUCUUAGGAGGUUUCAAAUGAGAUCGGAGAUUCCAACUACAAAUGGUAGAGUGAAUGGUAAAUUAAAUAGCAACCUGGAAUAUUCUGAUAUGGCUUCCUCCUCAGAUCCAGGGAAUGAAAUUGGAGAAUCUGAUUCAGAUGAUUCACAUGCUCCUCUCACUCGCAGUGAUAGACAGAGAAGGCGACCUCAAAGGUAUUCAGAGAAAGAGUUUGUUGAAGCUGUUUCAGACAAUGAGGCAGACUUUGAUAGUGAUGAGGAGAUAGUUGGGGAGGCAGUAUAUGAUGAUGAGUACAUUAGAAGUCGAAGACGUAAAAAACAGUAUAGUAGCUCAGAGGGUGAUGAUGAAUAUAAAGGGGAUGAGGACAGUAUUGAAGAGGAAGAAGAUGAUGGUGAUGCUUUAAGUACUAGUGAGGAUGUUGAUGAUGGACAAAAUUUAAGAUGGAGACAAAGGCUUUCAAAUUUAAAAAAAAGGAAGGAACGUAAAUUGAAGUCUUUUGAUGAACUGCAAUCUGGUCUGCGUCGCAGCAAGAGAGCCACUCGUACCAUUAAUUACAGCCAGUAUGACAUCUCAAAUUCUGAUGAAGAAUAUGCUGAAGCUUCUGAGAAACCAGCUGGAUCAAGUCAGGAGAUAGAUGAACUCAAAAGACACUCUUAUGUGAGUAGCAGCGCUGAUUAUGAUAUGGAAAGUGAAGAAUCUCAUGAUAUGACCAAAUAUCCCAAGGAUGAAAAACUGCUUAGGAAAUGUAUUAAUAAAGUGGAUGCCUCCUUGGAGAAAGGAUCUGUACAAGAAACAACGUGUUCAACAAAGGAGGUUACGAGGGAACAACCUGCUGAUGUAAAGAAGCGACGUUUCAUUGACCUGAAUGAGCUAGCUCCAGUUGCAGGACUUGAUGAUGGCCCAGCAGUGUAGAAGUAAAACAGCAUGGACCACAAUCAGGCAUUGGCAGGGUCGUGGAGACCAUUAACCUGCAUUGUAUAAGAACUAACUAGUGUAGAAGAGCCAAAGGGGCACGCUGUUGCAGUUUGCUACUGCAAGUGAAAUAUUAAAUCAGAAAAUCUGCCUCUCAUAUGGGUUCAAUCCCAACUAGUUUAGUUCAACCUCUCCGAUAUGGAUUCCAAUCCCAUUAGUUCAGCCUCAUUGAUACAGAUUCUAAUCCUCAGUGGUUUAGUUCUCAUUUGAGUUGUAGUCCUGACUAUUUCAAAGCUCAGGUGUAUCAUAAUCAGAAAGUCCAAGGAUAUGAAAUUCAUUAUUCACAUUUUUGUAGGGAGUAACGAGCUGUCAUUCCAGUUGUAAUUCUAGUCUCAAAAUAUUUUACAAUGUUGCAUUGGCUAUGCAUUUUCCAUCUCGUGUUAGAUUAAUAUGAGUUAUUUAAUUCAUA